UACUAAUAAGGCUUUCUCAAUAUUGUGAAAGGCGCAAAUUGGUUCUAAGUGACGGGAGGAUCUUUUAGCGAUAACACUUAAUCAUAAAUUUUAAACGGAGUAAUUAAAUAUUUUAAAUAUUUCAAUACUGCAGUACAGGUACACUAUUCCUUGGUCUCACCACUAUUACAAACUCUGCAGAAAAGAAACAAAUGCUAGAGGCAAUAGAACAGCAUUAGUGACAAAAGGAUGGCAGAAUCUCUAUGCAGUCACUCCUUAGAGACAAGAUAUCGAAAUACAAUAACCGCAGAUGCUUACAAUGUGGAGUUUUUAAAACAAAGAUUACCAAGUAAAACAUUGUUACCUAGGCAACAAGCACAACACAGAGAUCUUUGGUAGUAACUGAAGUACUUUCGUCGAAAACAUGCUCAGUGUUUUCUACUGCAGUGUUGUACACUUGUACUACAUUCGACCUAGUAUAUAUAUAUGUACCUCUUCGCACAGCUUUAACAGCACUCCCACUAGUCCUGAAACAAGAAGUUUAUAUCUGCAGAAUGGAAAAUCAAAGUCCAGAUCAAAUCUCACCUUUGUCUGAUGUUCUUUCAGAUGAGAGUGGUGAUCAAGAAGUUGGCACAAGUGUUUUCCGCGAGAGGAUUACCAUAAACUUCCAGUUGCUGGAGGUCCGGAGGGAGUUAUUAAGAGCGGAACAAAGCCUUAAACUCUGUUUGAAAAACACGGAUAUACAAUUCUUAGAAUCCGUAGUGGGGCCUGGACUCGAUAGCCAACUUCAGUGGAUAAUUUUGAAACUUCGUAUUACUUCCUCCAUGUUGGAAGCUGCAAUUGAGAAGACUAAUUCAGGAUCAGCCUCAGAAGUUGAAACCAGGAAGCUGGAGAGUCUUUGCAAUUCUCUAUUGGAGAUCAUCAGACUGAUAGAUGAAGACAUCACUGGCAAUCUUAUUUCAGAAGAAAUUGUGGAAUAUUCUUCUCCUACUGAAGUACGCGCAUAUGCAAGACGAUUCAGUGGAAAGAUUUCGUCAGUUGAGGCUCAGAUUAAUGGCCUCCAUGACUGGACAACAACAUUGGGGCUUACAUCUGCUGGAUGUGGACAAACAAUGUGUCUCGCAGAUAAUAGAUUUAUUGUGGAAGCAGGAACAGGACACGAAAAAAAGGAUGCAGAUACAGUGGGUCUAGAGGAAGAUGUCCAGGUUAUAACAAACAAGUUGAUUUCAGGCGAAACAGCACCAGCACUAGUAGCAAUUACUGGUGGAAAAGGCAUCGGAAAAACCACUCUGGCUAGAAAAAUCUACCACAAUCCUGAGGUUGCUCAUCAUUUCCCUUGUCGUGCUUGGGUGACUUUACCUCUUGAUUUUGAGCCUAAUUCUUUCUUGUUUAGCAUAGCAAAGCAAGUUCUGAUAGGCUUUGCAGAAAAUGACUCCAUUAAAAAAAUAAAAUAUAAGCUAUCACGCUUGUGGUGCUUUCAGAGGUAUCUAAUAGUCCUUGAUGAUGCACAUGCAAUUGAAGAAGCCACCAAGGCUCUUCAAGAAUUAUGCUCAAAUCAAUCUAAUGGGAGUAAACUCUUGAUCACAACCACCAAAAGAGACCUUGUAAAGGCUUCCCCAUGUUGCUAUAUUCACGAAAGGCGAGUUUUGGGUGAUGAAGAAGCAUGGGAGUUGUUCACUGCUAGAUUACUUUUCAAGGUUAAUCAAGAAGUGGAACAACUAGCACGAGAGGUUACAAAAAAGUGCUCAGGCCGCCCUUCAUCGGUAUUGAAGUUGGCAGAUUUCAUGUCCAGUAAAGCAUCGACGCAGGAGCAGUGGUUUGUUAAACUAAGCCAAAUGAAUGAACCCCAUGCCUCCCACUAUCUUUCCUUGUCCUCCAGUUCUGAUCUUAUGUCGUCAAGUAACAGACAGUGCCUGAAUGUUCCCCAUGCAUCCCACUAUCUUUCCCUGGCCUCCAGCUUUGAUCUUAUGUCAUCAAGUAACAAACAGUGCCUUCUGUAUUUUAUACUUUUCCCCCACAAUGAAAUCCCUGCCAGGAGAUUAAUUGUGUUGUGGGUUGCUGAGGGACUGGUAGAUCAACCACCACAGAGUGCUGAAACACCAGAAUCUGCGGGUGAGAAGAUUCUGAAUGAGUUAGUCCAAAACUGCAUGAUCCAAGUUGCAAAGUGGAAGUCAAACGGAAAAGUGAAAACAUGUAGGCUGGACUACAGUUUGAUGGAUACUUUACUGUUAGAAGCAGGGAAAGCUAGCUUUCUCAAAAGCAACUUACAAGUCACUGCCUCUAAGUCAUCCAGCAAGAAAGGUCCAAUCCUUCGAGUAGCAGAUCAUCUUGACAAUAAUUCUUCCAUAUUUUCACAUAUUCACGAGAAUGACAGCAUUGGCUCCUCUUCAUUUAAGCAACAGUACAAAAAACUUAUUUCAUUUAUUUCAUUUGAUUCACGGGAAGGGCCUGUACCUGGACAAGACAUAGGCAACUUCAUCAAUCGAGGUACUAACUUGAAUUGCUUUCAAAUGAUUUGUGUAGUUGACCUUGAAGGCACGUUUAGGCCUAAACUACCAGAUUCAAUCAAAAAGCUAUCUCAGCUGAGGUAUCUAGGCCUUAGGCGCACCUACACAGAGCUACUUCCUGCGUCAAUAGGAAAAUUGUUAAAUCUUCAAACCUUGGAUCUGAAACACACUUGCCUCAGGAGUCUCCCUGGUUCCAUAUGGAAGCUGCAACAACUACGACAUUUGUACCUGAGUGAGAGCUAUCGCAGUAGGAUCAUGGCACCCGGAAGUUCUAGUUCGCUUCUGGAUAUACAGACAUUAUGGGGUGCGUUUGUAGAUGAAGAAACACAGAUUGAAGAUGGUCUAAACAGAUUGACCAAUCUUAGAAAGUUAGGUUUGGUAUACAGGUUACCAGUAAAAGAGCAGGGUAUAUUAGCCGACUGGAUAUCAAAAUUGCAUCACCUAGAAUCCUUAAGGCUGAGAUCAAUUGAUGAUAUGAAUAACCCCUCUCUCCUUUACUUAACAACUAUUUCAGGCCUCGGCAAGCUGUCCAGUCUGUAUUUACUUGGAACUCUAGCCAAUCCAUUUGUCUUGGAGACAUUUCCAGAAAGCCUAACGGAAAUCACUCUGUCACUUUCUGGGAUAUUUUUUGAUCCAAUGCGGGUGCUGGAGAAGCUUCCAAAUCUAAGGAUCCUCAACCUAUAUGCAGGCUCGUAUACUAAAAAAACAAUGGUCUGCUCAUCAGGAGGAUUUCCUUUGCUCCGAGUUCUAAAUUUGUGGAAGUUGGAGGAACUUGAAGAAUGGAUCGUGAAAGAUGGAUCCUUGGUGAUUCUUAGACAUUUAGAGAUCAGAUCUUGUCUAAAGUUAAAGAUGAUCCCAGAGGGUCUUAAACACCUGGAGCAUUGCCGAGAACUGAAGUUAACAAACAUGCCUGAUAACUUCAAGGCAAGGAUUACAAAGGAUGAAGGUGUCGAUUGGCAGAAUGUUGCACAUAUCGCUUCUGUUAUCAUAAGGAACUGAUACAUAUUUCUACACUUUUCUUGAUGUAUGCAUUUGGAACGGUCUUUUACAACAGAACUAAUGUAUUUUGUUCUUUAACUGCUUUAGCAACAUGUAGGUGUACUUCAAUCUCUUUCUUUUUGUAGCAGUCAUAUAA